AGACCCCGUAUUUAAACCUGACGCACACACAAAACGAUGAAUUUUGGAGACGAUGAUCCCUUCGGGUCAAAUGCUUGGGCGGACGAGGCAUCUACUUUCAGUCCCUCAUUAGCCACCCCUCUCGCCAUACCGUCUUUGCCGGUCGCUCAGUCGGAAGACGAGGAGCACCCAUCAUCACCAUCACCACCGCGAGCAGUCGAUCCUCCCUUCCAUCAGCACCGGGAACAAACCCCGGAACCUGUCACGAACGGCUUUGCGCUGGACGUAAACGCUACCGAUUCUCCAUUUCAAGAUGACGCCUUCGUUACGGAUGUGCCUUCCACUCACUCUUUACCACCACCACUACCACCGCCGCCCAAACCUGUCCUGUUCGAGCCACCACCCCCUCUCGCUCCCAAAAGACCCAUCUCUCCACAACUCCCCACUUUCGCAGAUCCGCUGAAUUUGAACGAUUUCCCAUCCUUCGCAGACCCCGUCUCCGCAGACCUCUUCUCCUCCCCUCCGCCACUACACAGCCCCCCAGCCCCCGUCAUCUUCACACCCCCAUCCAUAAUAGAAGAUACCGCCUUCCCACAACCCGACGCCUUCGCCGAACCCCUCACGCUGAAAACCGGCAUCCACCAGCUCUUCGCAGACGACGCAUCAAUGAAACCCUUCCCGCCCUCCAUCAAGUCCGAAGCGAGCGACGACGAGAGCGUCCAACCGCUGGCCUCGAUCAAAGUCAACCCGCAGCCGAAAUCGAAGACCGCGGGGGUGAGGAUCAUCUUUGACCCGUUGACGAGCUCGUUGGUUGGAUCUUCCGCGCAGGACGACGAGGAUGCGGGCGGACGCGUUCGGGAUCUAAAAGGCCGGAUUGGGCGGUUGAGUAUCCGGGACAAGAUCGUCACUCCAGACGACGACGACGACGACAACUCCCCUCUCGCCGAAACCUUCCUCCAACUGGCACCAAAGUACACAUUCGAAUGCCACGUCACCGACCCCUUAAAAGUCUCUCAAGCAAUGGGCGCCUACGUGCUCUACCGCGUGAACACACACACAACGCACCCCCGAUUUCGCAACCCUUCGAUGGCCGUCAACCGCCGCUUCAGCGACUUCCUGUGGCUGUUCAACCAGCUCGUCGCCCAGCACCCGGGGGUCAUCAUCCCGCCCGUGCCCGAGAAACAGACGCUCGGCCGGUUUCAGGAGGAGUUUGUCGAGAACAGACGUGUCGGGCUAGAACAGUUCCUCCGUAAAGUCGUGCGACACCCGUACCUCCAAGAAAACCCCGACCUGCAAUCUUUCUUGGAAUCUGAAACAUUCCUCGCGGACCGGAAGAAACCGGAACAGAAAAGCUUUAUAUCCACCGUGUUCAACGCCGGGACCAGACAACCGGACACGGACGCCUCCCUCUCCCACCGCCGCGCGCGCAUCGAGACCUUCGAGCCGCAACUCCGCCUCAUCCUCCGCGCCCUAGACGACUGGGCGCGCAUGCAGGCCCAGCUCUCCUCCGCCUCGCACGAGUUCGCCGCGACGUUCCAGCAACUCGCCAAUUUGGACGUCACCAAACCCAUCUCGAAAAAUCUGACACAGGUGGCAGAGAUCCAUAAACGCAUCACAGACCUGCAGGAGCGGCAGGCGCGCGUGGACGUGGCGACGUUGGGUGCGAAUGCGGAGUAUUAUGUGCGGGUUGUCGCGAGUGUCGGGCUGGCGUUCGAGACGAGGAGGAGGGUGUGGGAGGCGUGGCAGAAUGGGCUGGCGGCGGUGGGGAGGAAGAGGAGGGAGGUGGAGAAGGCGACGGUGCAGGCAAGGAAGGACGCGGGUGCGGGGAGGGUUGCGGGGCUUGUUAGGGAGUUGGAGCAGGUAUGGGGCUGGAUGGGGUUUUCACUCUUUUGUGUGGGAGCCGGGACGGGACCCUAACCGGUGGGCUUUUCAUCAGAUGGAACAAGAGGCCCUGAA